GUUGAAUUCAUAUGUGCAGAUUUGUUUUAGAAGUCCUUUACAGUAAAUGUGAUACGUUUUUGUUGGUUUUAGACGCAUUUUGGAGCGUUUUUGAAGGGUUAUAAACCGACUAGCUCUUUAAAAAUGGCUGAUCCCUGGAAUCGAGGACAUGGCGCUGUGGAAGAUAUGCUGGAUGCUGAAAACAAGCUUUUGGCAGAGAAUCUAGCAAGUAAAGUCUCUAGACUGAAGUCUUUGGCAUAUGACAUUGACAAAGAAGCCGAGGAUCAGAAUACCUACCUGGAUGGCAUGGACUCCAAUUUUCUCAGUGCAACUGGCCUGUUGACAGGAAGUGUGAAGAGGUUUUCUACGAUGGUACGGUCUGGCCGAGACAACAGAAAGAUCCUGUGUUACAUUUCUGUCGGCCUUGUGAUGGUCUUCUUCCUGUUGUACUAUUUAGUGUUACGGAUGCAGAACUAAUGGGGCAUUUGCUCUAGUUUUAGACCAGUUUCUGAUUUCUCAGUUCUAUGAGAAUCAUUUUUUCCCAUGAGUUGAUGCUGUGUUUGUCCCUAUAAUAAGGAGAUUACACUGAAGUGGACAGCGGGUACUUUCUCAAUAAUAUUGAAAGGAAUGACUGCAAUUGGAGGGUGAUUUAUAAUUUUGCUUAAACAGAGGUAAAUAUUAUGUUUACACUCUCAAGAGUGAUUAUUCAAUGUAUAUAUUUUUGUCAUUAAAUAAAAUAUGACGAGGACCAAUGUCUUAUUUCAAGUUUAUUAAAAACAUAUUUUUUCAAUCCCCUUGAUUUAUAUUUGUAUCAAUGUGAAGUAUGUAACAAAAUGUAACAAUUGUUUUUUGUUAAUUAUGUACAUUAAAGUGAUUUUGA